AUGCAUAUGAUUGAGUUGAUAGAAAAUAGAAAAUUUAAGGUCAUACAGAAAAGGGUAAAGGCAGAAAAAUUAGAGGAUUUUUUUUUUUGUUUUUUACGAUAUAACAAUUUAUACAAAGGAAAGAAUAGGUACGUGUUAGAAAUAUGGAAAAGCAUAACUAAUGAAAACAAGCAGUACUACAGAUAUAAAGAUUUCACUUUUGUCAAUUUUAAAUAUGUGUGUGACAAUUUAACUUGUAUAUCAAAAAAAAAAAAUAAAGAUAGUCAGUAUGAGGUUGUAACGCCUAGCAAAGUGUGUGAAAAGUGGAAUGCUGAUACGAAGGCUAUAGUACAUGUCUUUCUGGUGCAAUUAUUUCACAUCGUGUUGUACAACGCGGAGAUUUCAAAACGGGGUUACGAAGGUAUAGCUGUUGAUGUGGAUAUAAACUCAAGUGAAGGAAAAGUUGAAGACCCUCAUGGCACUCAAAGUGCAAAUCUUAACGAAUCAGUGAUAGGCAAAAAAGGAGGCCAAAAUAUAGAAAAUCGCGAAAAUUACGAGAAUAAACAAAAUAAUGAAAAUUAUCAAAAUCGUGAGAAUAGCGAAUGCAGUAGCCUCACAAGCGAAGCUUUCUCCACCUUUUCGAGGCUGACUAUUAUAAAUGAAAACAAAGAGUUCGAAAUACUGUUUAAUAUAAUUCAUCCGUAUAUAUAUAGUACAUAUGUAUCAAAUAUGGUUGCACACAUUGUAGACUCACCUAGCGUAAAUAUUAGUGAGUGCUUUUUACAAUAUAUAUUGUACACAUUAUAUAAUAUAUAUUUGCAAAAUAAAAAUGUGCUUUUUUUUUAUUUCAUUAUUUACAAAAAUUUGAAGAAAAUAAGGAAUAAUAUAAUUAACACAAUAGAUAUCUUAAUUGAAUGGAAAAUUGCAAAAUUUAUAAAAAAAAAAUAUACAACUGUUAUAACAAAUUUUAAAUGUCUUAGACGAUUUUUACUUAACAUAAGUGAUCGUAACACUAUUGAAAAUUUUGUAUAUUUUAUUUUAACAUACUUACAUAAUCAGUUAAUUACUAUUUGCCCAAAUAAAUUGGACAUUGAAUUUAUAUCUUAUAGAAAAGAAAAUAAUUUAUUUGAAUUUUCUUUUUUUAUUUAUUUAUCAAUGCAAGAUUUGUGUGAAAAAAAGAACAGAUCUUUUUUUUCUAAUUAUAACACUCAAAAAAUUAAAAGUAUUCUUAAGAAUGAACAAGUGGGUAUAUUCGACAUUUAUAUAGUAUUAUAUUACAUUACCAACUGCAAUUGUGACAAUUAUGUAAAAUUAAAAUUUAUUUUACUCACACUGAUUAAAAGCGCACUUUCGCCUGACUUGUUCAUGCAACAUGGGGAAAUUUUGUUCAGCAAAUGGGGAGAAGCGGUUAAGAAGAAAAUGAGAAUUUCAAAGGGAGAUUUGUCAAGUGGGCAUACAGAAGAUGCAAAUUUGGAUGGGGUUAAUGUGGGAGUGACUAAUAUAGGAGGAGCUAAUACACGAAGAGAUCGUGUGGUAAAUGAGAACAGUGGUACAAACAAGGAAGAACAUCUACCCACGCAAGGAGAAAUCUCAGUGCAUGUUUCGAAUUUGCUUACAAGUAAUGACACAUUGAUAGAAGAAUUCAUAAAAAAAGAGACGUUUUAUAAUCUCGCGUACAUUUUUAAACAUAUAUACGCGUGUUGUUAUACCAUAAUUAAUAACAAAAGGGAAUAUUGCGUAAAAUUUGACUCGUAUGAACAUGUUGAUGUUGAAAAUACGACGUAUAAUUACAAUUAUUGCUACUACAGUGAUGUAAUUAUGAAUGAUUGUAAUUUUUUGAUUGCUCCUACAACUGAUGAGACGAUUAAUAAAAAUUAUGUUAUUGUUGUAGCUCUACUGAUACAUAUGCAUAUUAUUAGUAUUAACGAUAUAUGGAGUUGUCAUCUGUUAAGGCUUGUUGAGCAUAGUAAUUUUUUUCAAAUUUUAAAUUUUUUAAAAAUUAAAAAGAAGAACGUUCUUUUUUAUUUAACCAUAUCGAGUUUUUUAAAAAUAAAUUAUCAGUCUAUGUUCAAAUUUACAAAACUUCAAAAAGAUAUUUCUGCUGAGAAAGAAUGCUGUCCUGCAGACUUCCUAUAUUACGUGCAUUUUUAUAAAUACAAGAUGAAGCAAGAAUAUUUUUCAAAAAUAAAUUUAUUGAGGAAAAAUUUGAUGGAAUAUAAUUUUAAUGAAAACAAAAUAGUACAUCUUAUGUGUCUCCAUUUAAUGGAUAUUAAAAAAUAUAUAAUCAAGCUGCCAUUGAAUGUUUUAAAGAGUGUAUUCAAAAACAUUUUUAAGUAUUUGUCUUCACCUAUUCAUGAUGUUAAAAAAAGCAUAAGUGAAUAUUUUAGAAAUAUGUGUUUAAGAAUUGCCUUUUAUACGUUCGAGUUAAUUUUCAUCAUAUCAUCGUACAUUUACUAUUCAGGUCAAGUACAAAAUAAACAAGAAUAUAAUAAAAAGUUUUACAUAUUUUCCUUUUUUUUUAACUUAAUUGAUGUGUACAUAAAAUUUGUUGAAAAAUAUAAUAAAAAGAACAACACGUUCGUAUUUUCUUUUCUGAACUACCAGUUUGUGCAAGCAUUUUUUUUGUUUUUUGAUUAUACAUAUUGUGUUACCGUUUUGAGUACCCACUUGAAUGACAAUGCAGGAAAGGAAGCGCAGAUUGGAGAAGGGUACUGUCACUGCUUCUACCACAGCCGCUGCUUUGAAUGUGAAAAGAGGGUUAAAUGCACAAAUGAUAUUACUUUGCUGAGUAAUGAGAAAAAAAAAAGGAAAGACCAAAUUUUUUUUUUGAAAAAAUUUACAGAUAUUCGUUUUAUACAAAAUGAAUCGCAUUCAGAGUUACCAGCAAAUAGUCUAACACUUAUUGAAGACUUAAACUACCACAUGUACAGUUAUAACAAAAUUAUGGAGACACAUAGAAAUAAUAAAAACGCAAAGGAAAAAAAAAUUUCUGACUUGUUCAGGAAAUAUGGAACUUUUAACGAAUAUUACUCGAAUAAUAUUAUUUCGAUAAUUUUAAAAUUUAUUAACAAUAAUAAAGUUGAAAUAAAUUGUUAUUUUUACACUCUAUUGCUCUAUGCUGUAGCUAAAUUGCACCUGUCCCAGAGCUAUCGAUACAGGGAAAUUAACUACUUAACUUUUUUGCAUCUUUUACCAUGGAAAAAUUGCCUCGAUUUUUGUAUAAAAAAUAGUCAAUUAAGUUGUUUUUUUUUUCAAAAAUUUUAUGAAUGUGUUCAUAAUUUAUUGCCAGAAAUUGUCAUUGAGCAUUUUCAUGAUGAUAUUCAUUUCACACACAUAUCUGGAAAAACGGAAAAUUUAAUGCGCUAUUUUAUAAUGGAAAGAAAAGAAGGAGAAAAUUUUCAAGGAGGAAUAUAUCCUUAUGACAGAAAGAACAAUUUUAAUGGGGAAUGUAAUUCCAAGGGCAAAGAGGGCACUAUUGGGGGGCAUAGUAACUCAUAUAUUAUUUUAGAAAAGGAGCAACAACAUGAUAGUGAGCUGGAUUUCUCUAAUUUUGAGUGUACAAAUUUAUAUGAACAAAUAAUACGUGGAAAGGAAGUGAUAAAGGUAUUAUUUUUUUCUGAAAAUUACAAGUAUACGAAUGUAUACUAUUUAAAUAAAAUAUUUAAAAGUAAUUUAUUAAAAAAUUGUAUAUUAAUAACUACUUUUGUUAAUGUAUAUUUUUUGAAAAGACAGGAACAACAACUGAGUAAUAAUAAUUUUAUUGAUAUCAUUCAGAGUUUGUUUGAUGAACAUGUGACUUCAUAUUACAUUUCUAUAUUUCAAAACCCAUUGAAUUUUUUUUUAAAAUGUUCAACAAAGUUUUGUAAGCUGUUAGUUGAAUACGAUUAUAUGGAUAAUGUAAUAUUUUUUAUUUUUACGAAAUUGUAUAAUUACUUAUCUUUAAUGCCCCCUAAGAUCUCAAUGGACGACUUCCUACCGAUAAAUGUAGAGGACAUAACAUCACUUCAAGAAACAGCUAUAGCACAAUUUGUGCUAAACCUGAGGGAGGGAAACAUAAAGGAGCAGGGGGAAAAAGAAAAGGAGGAGGUGCUUCGAAACGACAAAACAUACAAUGCAUACAAUACAUACAAACCAUACAUACCAUACAAUACAGAGCAAUGUGAUGGUGUAACAGACAUGACAGUAGAAGGAAACAAGAACAGUAACAGUAAUAGCAAUUGUAGUGAAAUGGGAAAGAAGGAGAAUAAAAUUUUUGAUGACGUAGUUUUUUUUUUAAAAAAAAUGCAUAUACUAGUAAGGACCUUUAAUCCAAACUGCUUAAAUAGUUUGUGUGAAUCGGGAUUUAAUGUAAAGAGCGCAUUUUAUUUAUCUUUUUACCUAACUCCAACAAUUUUUACGAAUAUAUUUUUUUAUUUAAACAAUAACAUAAUGGCUAUUGUUAAUGAAAAUUUUAACGUAGAAGACAACUUAAAAUAUUAUGAACAUAUUCAUGUAAAUAAGCGAACGGAUGAACAUGCAUUAGACCCAUAUAACAUAAUCGACAAAACAUUGUUUUAUCUGCAAAUUGUUGUUUUUUAUUUAAUUGUUAAUGCAAAUAAUAAGUUAAUGGAUAUUUCAAAUUAUACGCAAAAUGUGUGCACAUAUUUCACAAAUUGCUUACAAAUACAUAUAAAACCGCACAUAGAUAAGUUUAUUAUUUCUGUUCUACCAAUCAUGCUACAAUAUUUUUAUUUCUUUCCGUUAUUCAUACCUUCCGCGCUGUCAUAUUUGACGCAAAUCCCGAAUUACGAUAAUGAGUUCUCCGAAGAAAUUGCCAGGUUUGAGAAGAAAAUAAGACGAAUACUUGAAGUUUCGUAUAAGUUUGGAUCGGAGCGGAAGGCUUCAUCGUGA